AUGUUACACUGUCUCAACACUUCGGGUAAUCUAGGAGGAGAAGAAACAUUAACAACCAUUUCCGACAUGACAGUGUUACAAAGACAAAAAGCAAGAAUCAACUUUCAACAAUUUUCUUCUUCUCCACAGUUCACGAUGGUUGCUUGUGAUUCCGCUCUUGGCGAAGUCGUUGCUAACUCUAUCAAACCCGACCCGGGGUUUGGAAAAGAUACCAUUAAGAAAAGAAAAGCUGAAAUUAACAAUAAUAAUUCUAAGGUUGAUGUUGUUGUUGUUCCGGAGUGUGACAAGAGGAUCAAAAUAAGUGCAGAAGAAGAGGAAUCCAAAACCAGUGACCAAAUUUCAAAGGGACACAAGAAUAAAAAGUCCAACAAUGGAACAAAGAACAACAGAGAAAAUUCUGGUGAUACUAAUUCUAAGGAGAAGCUUGAUUACAUUCAUGUUCGAGCACGUCGCGGUCAAGCCACUGAUAGUCAUAGCUUAGCAGAAAGAGUUAGAAGGGAAAAGAUAAGCGAGAGGAUGAAGUAUUUACAAGAUUUAGUGCCAGGAUGCAACAAAAUUGCAGGAAAAGCUGGAAUGCUUGAUGAAAUCAUUAACUAUGUUCAAUCUCUUCAAAGACAAGUUGAGUUCUUGUCGAUGAAAUUAGCAGCGGUAAAUCCAAGACUUGACUUCAACAUUGAUGAAUUGUUUGCCAAAGAGGUUUUUCCUCAAAAUUUUCCAACCAUAGGGAUGCAAUCAGACAUGACUAACCCUACAUAUCUUCAAUUCAAUUCAGCACAACAAGUUUCGAGUUGUGGCGGAUUAAUAAACAAUAUGGGGAUAAUCCCUCCGGAAAUCGGGCUUCGGAGGAACAUUAAUAUCCCCGCAGCUUCAUCUUUACCCGAAAUCUUUGACUCGUCGUGUUUCACCCAUAUCUUACCCUCUUCAUCUUGGGAAGGUGAUUUUCAAAACCUUCACAGUAUGGAUUUUGAUCAAGGAAGAUCAAUGUCCUUUCCUUCUCAGCCAUUCACAGGUAUGAUUCAAGCUAGCAAUUUGAAGAUGGAGAUGUAA